GGGUGUAGUCUUAUAUAGGGCUUUCAGUCUCACGAUUCCAUUUCCUUCUCCAUCCAUGUGCUUAUUGUGAAUCAGGCCUCCAGUAUACCCCUGUCAUUGGAGUCAUCGCUGCGGCACCAUGAGUGAGGCUGAUUUUGAAAAGGCUGCAGAGGAGGUGAAGAAGCUGAAGUCCACUCCCACCGACCAGGAGAUGCUGGAAACUUAUGCCUUGUACAAGCAGGCCACUGUUGGGGACGUAAACACAGCGAGACCCGGCAUGUUGGACUUCAAGGGAAAAGCCAAGUGGGAUGCUUGGGAAGCUAAGAAAGGCACCUCCCAGGAAGACGCAAGAGCCUGUUACAUCAAGCAUGUGGAGGAACUGAAGGGGAAAUAUGGAACGGAUUAGAGGGUCCCAGGAAGAGCUGCGUCCGUCCUGAACAACUGUCGGUCUGGAACGGUUUUCAGAGUGAAGCGAUCUAAUCCUCGUUCAGUCUGCUCGUAUUAUGAAUAAACCUGCAGUGUUUCUUA